GGUGUGGGACGUCAAGCUUCUGUCUGGCACAAAGCCAUUUUCUAGUUUAAAUUUGUCUGUCCUUGUUAGAAGAGCAUAGGUCUUUCGAAGCUGUGGAGAGAAAUGCAUUAUCUUAUGGACUAGCUCUGCUCAAUUUAAUUGGGAGUCUCCUCUACGUUUUGUAUCCUAUUCCCUCCAUUAUCUUGCAUCCAUUUGUCAGGUCUGGACGUGGUUUAUUCCAGUGGAAGCAAAUGGAUUUGACAUCAUGGGUCAUCAUUCCCCUUCUUCUGGGCAGUGCUGGAGUCUAUGGUCUGUAUAGAGUGUUACAGAGACUGCGCAGUAAUGCUUACAUUCAGGAUGCGGUUGUGGUGAUUACUGGGGCCACAUCUGGCCUCGGCAAAGAAUGUGCUAAGGUAUUCUAUGCAGCUGGUUCUCGGUUAGUGUUGUGUGGUCGCAAUGAAGAAAGAUUGGAAGAUCUGGUGAAGGAGUUAAGUCGGAUUGGAAAAGGAUCCAAUCAGCAGACUCACAAGCCACACAAAGUGAUAUUUGACCUGUCUGAUGUGGAAGCUGUUUCAAGUGCUGCAAAGGAAAUAUUUCGCCUUGUGGGAAAAGUAGACAUUCUUAUUAACAAUGCCGGCAUAAGUUACCGUGGCACUAUCAUGAAUACUAAAGUAAGCGUUGACCGAAUGAUUAUGGACACCAAUUACUUUGGACCAGUGGCUUUAACUAAAGCUCUUCUACCAUCUAUGACCAAGAACGGACGGGGACACAUUGUUGUGAUCAGCAGCGUGCAAGGAAGAAUAAGCAUUCCUUUCAGAUCGGCGUAUGCAGCCUCUAAACAUGCUACACAGGCAUUUUUUGACUGUCUGAGAGCAGAAUUGGCUGCAAAUAAUAUCCAUGUUACAGUAAUAAACCCAGGAUACAUCCAAACCAAUCUAUCUGUAAAUGCAGUCACUGAUGAUGGAUCCAAAUAUGGAGUUAUGGAUAAGAACACAGCUAACGGGAGAUCAGCUGAAGAUGUGGCACAAAUUGUUCUGAGAGCUGUGGGAGAGAGAAAAAAGGAGGUCCUGGUAGCUGGAGUGGUACCCACACUGGCUGUGUACUUAAGGACUCUUGCCCCUAAAAUAUUCUUUACUAUUAUGGCAGCAAGAGCAAAGAAGGAAAGAAAAAUGAAGGAAAUGUGAACCUAGUGCAAACAUCUGUGCUCUGUAAAGCAAGUGGAAGGCUGAAAAAAAUAACCUUACUAUAAUGUACUGUGUCAUGAGAAACCCAUAAAAAACUCGGCAAACAACGUUCUAGACGUUUGGUGAUCAGCAAAUGCUUUAUUAUCCAUUGUACAGCGCAGCAAAAUCUGUUGUCACUACUUAAAUGAAUAAAAGCUAAUUGUAGUAA